AUGGACCUGGAGUACGUACACAUCACCGUUCAAAGAUCUGAGAUUGAAGACAAAGUACAAACACUGCGAAUAAACAGAUCCUCAUCAUUCUGUAUGCCCCUUGUAAUUCAAGAGACAGUGGAGGUUUUGGAGAAUUUUACAUACCUCGGUAGUUGUAUUAGCUCUUAUGGAGUCCGACGAAGUUUACACGAUGCGGAUUUCAAUCGUGCUGACGACCUACCACCUGCCCCGUUCAAGGAUGCUGGUACCUUUCUCAACCAGUGCCAGUGUAGCCUAUUCGAGUCUAUCUGGGAGAAAGGGAUCGCCCCGGACAACUGGGGUGAACCCAUUUUCAAAAAGGGUAAUCGCAGUGAAUGUAGUAACCACAGAAGUUGGUUAGAGCGCGAAUUUACUGACCGGAAGGUCCGUGGUUCGAAUCCGAUCUCUGACUCUCGAAUUCCCCUGUUUAGGCUUGGGCAACCUGGCAGUAUCGCAGCCCUCGUGCUUCCCUUGGGUAGCAUGGCAGUUAGGCACCGAAAGGGUGUCACAGUUGAGCGGUACGGUGACACAUGA